AUGCGGGCGGAGACGAGCAGCCCCGAGAGGCCCUCCGAGCUCCUGCAGAUCCGCCCUAACGGAGGGCUCAUCCCCGAGAGCUCACCUCUCCUCCUCCGCUUCAUCCACGUCACCAAAUACACCGAAUACGCCCGUGUGCUUCCAGGACAGCUGCAGAGCCUGACCUCUGUGGAAUCUGAAGCAAAAGCAGAGAUCACCUGGACACCACCUUCCACUUUCUUCCGUGGUUUUCUCCUUUGCUGUGAGCCAGGGCCAGACAAGGUCAAGCACUUGAAGGCCACGCCGGAGGCAGAUAACCGUAUGCUGGUGACUUGUAGCGAACCCAACUACAUCUACGGCCCCAAAAGAACCUACAAGCUGUUCGUCAAGACCGCACAGGGUGCUGAGGUUACACGGGAUCAGAAGGAGAGAGACUGCUCAUUCUCCUUGAAGGAUCUUAGCUACUCAACACAAUACAUCUUUGAGGUCUUGUUGAACAACGGGAAAUAUGAUGGACCCCGAGAGUCUGUUACUGCAUCAACAUCAUAUAAUUCUAAAGCACUGAUCGGGUUCCUGGUGUUCCUGAUUCUUGUGACCACAGUGGCCCUGCUCAUUGUCCUCUACAAAAUCUAUGACCUGCACAAGAAGAGAUCCAGCAAUUUAGAUGAACAACAGGAACUCGUUGAAAGGGAUGAUGAGAAACAGCUGAUGAACGUGGACCCCAUCCACGCCGACGUUUUGCUGGAAACGUACAAGAGAAAGAUCGCGGACGAAGGGAGACUUUUCCUGGCCGAGUUCCAGAGCAUCCCUCGGGUGUUCAGCAAGUUCCCUAUCAAGGAGGCCCGGAAGUCCUGUAACCAGAACAAGAACCGCUACGUGGACAUCCUGCCCUAUGACUACAACCGCGUGGAGCUGUCGGAAGUAAACGGAGACCCGGGGUCCAACUACAUCAACGCCAGCUACAUCGACGGCUUCAAAGAACCCAGGAAGUACAUCGCCGCACAAGGUCCCCGGGACGAGACGGUUGGCGAUUUCUGGAGGAUGAUCUGGGAGCAGAAAGCCACGGUGAUCGUCAUGGUCACCCGCUGCGAGGAGGGGAACAGGAACAAGUGUGCAGAGUACUGGCCGUCCAUGGGCGACGGCGCCCGGGAGUACGGCGACAUCCUGGUGAGGAUCAGCGAGCACAAAACCUGCCCGGAUUACAUCAUCCAGAAGUUCAGCAUCACCAACAAAAAAGAGAAGACGGCGGGCAGGGAGGUCACUCACAUCCAGUUCACCAGCUGGCCGGACCACGGCGUGCCCGAGGACCCCCACCUGCUGCUCAAGCUGCGGAGGAGGGUGAACGCCUUCAGCAACUUCUUCAGCGGCCCCAUUGUGGUGCACUGCAGCGCGGGCGUGGGGCGCACCGGCACCUACAUCGGCAUCGACGCCAUGCUGGAGGGCCUGGAGGCCGAGAACAAGGUGGACGUGUACGGCUACGUGGUCAAGCUGCGGCGGCAGCGGUGCCUCAUGGUGCAAGUGGAGGCGCAGUACAUCCUCAUCCACCAGGCCUUGGUGGAGUACAAUCAGUUCGGGGAGACGGAGGUGAGCCUGGCCGAGCUGCACCAGUACCUGUCCAACCUGAAGAAGCGGGACCCGCCAAGCGAGCCCUCUCCGCUGGAGGCCGAGUUCCAGAGACUCCCCACGUACCGGGGCUGGAGGACGCAGCACACCGGAAACCAGGAAGAGAACAAGAGCAAAAACAGGAUCUCUUCCGUCAUUCCAUAUGACUUCAACCGAGUGCAGCUCAGGCACGAGCUGGACUUCAGCAAGGAGAGCGAGCAGGAGUCGGACGAGUCCUCGGACGACGACAGCGACGCGGACGAGAACAGCGGAUACAUCAACGCCUCCUUCGUGACGAGCUACUGGAAGCCGGAGGUGAUGAUCGCCGCCCAGGGGCCGCUGAAGGAGACCACCGGGGACUUCUGGAAGAUGGUCCUCCAGAGGAAAGUCAAGGUUAUCGUGAUGCUGACAGACCUGAACAACGGAGGCCAGGAGGCCUGCGCCCAGUACUGGGGAGAAGGCAAGCAGACGCACGGAGACGUGGAGGUCCACCUGAAAGACACCGCCCAGUCUUCCGCGUACACCCUCCGCAUCUUCGAGCUGAGACACUCCAAGCGGAAAGAGCCCCAGACCGUGUACCAGUACCAGUUCCGGCACUGGAGGCCGGCCGAGCUGCCGGCGGAGCCCAAGGAGCUGGUGUCCAUGAUCCAGGCCCUCAAGCAGAAGCUGCUCACCAGGGGCCCGGCCGACGGGCACAGACACCACAAGAACGUGCCCCUGCUGGUGCACUGCAGAGACGGCUCCCAGCAGACGGGGGUGUUCUGCGCCCUGCUGAGCCUGCUGGAGAGCGCGGAGACCGAGGGCACGGUGGACGUGUUCCAGGUGGUGAAGGCCCUGCGCAAGGCCCGGCCGGCCGUGGUGCCCACGUUCGAGCAGUACCAGUUCCUGUACGACGUCAUCGCCAGCACCUACCCGGCCCAGACCCGGCAAGUGAAGAAGCACGCCAGCCAAGAAGAUAAGGUUGAGUUUGAUAACGAGGUGGACCAAAGCAAACAGGAGGCUAAUUCCGUGUGUGCGCUGGGCACCCCAGAGAAGAGCCAGGAUGGGGGCCCAGAGGCGGGGGGCCCCAAACCCGCCGGUGGCCCCGAGGAGCCAGAACCUUCCGCCAACGGCCCGGCGAGCCCAGCCAUGACCGCGAGCACAUAGGAACGGCCACAGUGGGGGCAGCUCAGAACCUUCCAUGAAAUGUCAUUUCUGUUUUUCUACAAGUAGGGUCCACAUACAGCGGAUUAACCAGGUGAAGGGGGAACGACUUUUCGGGCAAGCUUCUGGUUUUUUUUUACUGUGGAAAAUAUUUAAGACCCUUUUGUACAGCCUCAUGCUUAUUUUAAAAGUUUGCCUAUCACUCAGCAAAAAAAUAACUUUGUAACCUUUCCAUGUGGGUUUGGGUGUGCCCCUGACAGAGGGGGGAUGCGGAUUUCAAGUGAGUCUAAGAGCUCUUGAAAACUUUCGCCUUUUUGUUUGGGUUUUUUUCUUUUUUGAGAAGAAGAACAAGGAAAUGUUUUUACUGGAAGCAUGCACUUAAAGCAUCCUAUUUCCUGAAAUCACAAAUCGCGUGUGAGCCGUGGGGGACGGCCGUGUGCGUUCCGGGGACCCACCACCAGGGGUCCUCCCUGCCCCAGCCACACCCGUCUCCCCGGGCCCUGUUCCACCGCUGGAGAUAGACAGGAAGUAGUAAGUGAGCAUGCAGUUCCUUCAAGAAAGCCAGCCAAAUUAACGUUUGGAAACCUUAUACUCCAUAUGUUAGCAUUUAGUGCAGUCUCCUUUCAAGCUUAUUUAAUCUAAUUUAAAAAUUUCAAGCCAGCCUAUCUUGGUAUCUUUACGUGGUGUUUACAUUUUGCAUCCGGGGUUAUUCUUUGUACGAUAUGUGACAUUCAUUGCUUGAUACUUCUGACCCGAAAUUAUGUGUUUGUUAGGACUGAAUUUAAAUAAACAUCUUUAAACAAGUGCAGCCUAUAUUAAAUCCAUAGAAUAAAAAUAGAAUCGUGCAAAUGUAUGUGUGCUAAAUAUUUACAUGUGAAACUGAAUACAGCUGUUUUUGUGGAAUAAAACAUUGAUAUGAGACCUAA